CAUGGUGCAAAUGCUACACUUGACGCGAACAUCGUGGAAAGAAAGUGUUUUCGUUUCGAGGAGUAAACAAUUUUGACAGGGUUAAAAGGCAUUAUUGAAAAGCUAAUUGACAAUUGCUUUAAUUUUAAACAUGGCUGAGUUUCCCGAAGUGUUUGUGUCCGGACAAAUUGUUCCUAUGACUGAAUUUGAUAGAGUUCGAAAUGCAGUAUGCUUGUUAAAGUCGAGCACGCCUAGACAAACAUGGAGUGCCACUGGAUUUUAUUUGGUUCUUAAAAUCAAGAAAAAUAAUAAAGUGUCAUCUGUCCAUUGCAUAAUUACAAACCAUCAUGUGUAUAAAGAGGUGGAAAAGCAUAAUGAUGGCAUGGUUGCAGUUUUUCAUCAUCAUGUCAAUGCUAAAGUUCACAAUGAAGUACCACUUGUGCCUUUCAAACUUUUUGCACAAAGUAAAUCUGAGGAACUUGAUUAUGCAUUGAUUAAAUUAGAUGAAUCACUUAAAAAGAAUUUGGAGUCUAUUGGUGUCACACCACUUGAAGUUGAUGGUGACAAAUUACCGACUGUGUCAAUAAAUGACCAUGUGUAUAUUUUUCAACAUCCUGCUGGAUUGGACCAACAUUUUAGUCAGGAUAGUGUAAAACGCAUCAAUGGACCAUUUCUUGAGUAUUAUGCUGACACAAGUGUAGGCUCAUCUGGAGCACCAGUACUUGUGUAUGUACCACCGAAACUUAGGCUAGUUGCUUUGCAUAGUAAAGGUGUUUACUCUUAUCCUAUAAAUCACAACAAAGGCAUACUACUUUGCGAUAUAUUACAUCAUCUUCAAACUGGCAAAGUGAGAAAGUUAUUUGUCCCAAAUGGAAUUCCCGAUCAAUUGGAAAGUGGUGUUUUGGCAGGUACUAAAGAUCCUUUGGAAUCAGUAAAAAGAGAUGACAUUAUAAAUAUAGCCAAAGAUAUAAUUGACGUGUGGGAAAAUCUUGCAAGAGUGUUAGGUCUGUCUGAAAGUACCAUAAAUAUCAUUGACGCUGAUUAUAGAAAAAUCUAUGAAAAAUCUUUCCAAAUGUUGAUGAAGUGGACUCAAUUAUAUGGUUCUGCUGCAAAUUUUGGGACACUUGCGAAAGGUUUAUGUCAUCCAACUGUUCAACGACCGUGUUUAGUAAAAAAAUUCUGCUAGAUUACGUAGCUCAGAGAAUUUUUGUGCUUGAAAUCGAAUCAUUCUACCACAGAGGGAAUACAAUAACUUUGGAUUUCAUGUACGUACAGAAAUUGUGUUUUAGCUUAUGCGUUCCUCGCUUAGCCUUAAGCGAUGUCACUAAACCGUGAAUCUUUCCAUACAAAUUAAUAGCGAGAUUUUAUUCUCUUUAAACGAAGUUUUAGUACCAUUUUAUUCUUAUUUCACCGCAUUAAUCCUAACGCAAUAAAACUUUGACUUUUUGGCAAAUAACUUUUAUAAACAUGGGUAUUUUCUUUAAACCUAAGGGCACAGGACAGUGUUUGUUAUAAACUUGAUGGCAAAUUUGUUUUAACACUUUUUCACAUGAAUAAAUCCUGGAAUUUAUUUAAACAUUGAAGUUUUUAUCAAGUAUGCUUCCAUUAAAUAUACUGAAAACAAUCG